UAUGACGACUAAUAUUUAAGUGAUUUGUCGAUUUAGGCCAUCAAUUUCUGGCCAGAUUGAGAGUUAGAUAUAUUUUGCAGAUGACAAGAGUAUUCUAAUAGAGAAUCAAUAAUUUAACUUCGACCGCAUCUUUCAUCCUGGAAAAUAAAUAGAAGUAUUUAAAAUAGGUGCAGAACCUGUAAUUAAAGGAGUGUUAGAAGGAUUUAAUGGAACUGUUGUAGCUUAUGGAUAGACAGGAUCUGGAAAAACACAUACUAUGGAAGGCUCAACAGGAGAAGAAUAAGGAAUCAUAAAAAGAAUGGUUAAUACAUUAUUUGAUUAUAUUGAAGCAAGUCCUGAUUAUAUUGAAUAUCGUAUUAAAAUAUCAGUUGCUGAAAUAUAUAUGGAGAAGGUGAGAGAUUUAUAGAAUAUCAAAAAAAAUGAUUUAAAAAUUAGAGAAGAUAAGAAUCAUUCUACAUAUAUUGAUGGAAUAACCGAAACAUCAAUAGUUGAUUAAUCAGAAAUAUAUGAUAUUCUAAAAAUGUGUAAUUCUAAUAGAAUGAUAGCUAGCACUAAUAUGAAUGAAUAAUCAUCUCGUUCACAUAUGAUAUUUAUCAUGACAGUUUAAUCUAUUGAUUUAAGAGAUUAAUCAGCUAAAACAGGUAAACUAUUUUUAGUUGAUUUGGCUGGAAGUGAAAAAGUAUCUAAAACUGGUGCUGAAGGUAAAAUCUUAGAUGAAGCUAAAGGUAUUAAUAAAUCAUUAUCUGCAUUGGGAUAAGUAAUUAAUGCAUUAACAGAUGGUAGUUAACAUGUACCUUAUAGAGAUUCUAAACUAACUAGAAUUUUAUAAUGUUCUUUUGGUGGAAAUAGUAGAACUACACUUAUUAUUACAUGCUCUCCUGCAUAGUUUAAUUUAUCAGAAACUCUAUCUACUUUAAGAUUUGGGGUUAGAGCAAAAGCUAUUAAAAAUAAACCGAAAAUCAAUAAAGAACAUACUGUUGAAGAACUUAAAAUCAUUCUUUAAGAUAAAGAAAGAGAAAUCUUAUUAUUAUAAGAAUAACUCUCAUAAUAUCAAAAAGGGAUUAUUAUUAGUGAUGAAGAUAAAGAAAUGAUUAAAGAUAUUUAAGAAGAUAUCAUUCUAGAAUAACCCAAUGUUAAUGAAUAAUUAUUUAAUAUGCAAUAAAUUAUUACUAAAUAUGAAUAAGAUAUUGAAGUUUAUAAAUAAUAGGAAUUUGCACAUUAAUAAAGAGAAAUUGAAUUUUCCAAUCUUAUUAGAUUCAAAGAUGAUGAAAUGCAAGAAAGUUUUAAUAUUAUCCUAAUCUAUUAUUUUAGAAAUGUAAGAUUUUGCAAAUUAGUAAGCUAAACUUGAAACUGAAUAUCAAAAUAAAUAAACUCAUUUGUUUAGAGUAUUGUCUUCUAAAUUGGGAAACAUAGAUGAUGAACCUCAUAUUGAUGAAGAUCAAAUAUUAUGUUUAAUCGAAAAUUAUGCUAAAGAAAGGGUUUCUUCUAAAUUAAAAUAAAUUACAUACUUAUAUUAAAAACAUCAUAAGGAUGCUUUAAAUGAUUAAUUAAUGCUAUUCUUGACAGAUGAUAAAAAAGAAUUCAACAUUCAUAGUAAUUUUAGUAAUAAGAAUUAUAGAUGAUUAAUUGGCUGAAUUACAUAUUCAAGUGGCUUAAUUAAAAAAACAGAAUCUUGAAUUAUAAACUGACUCUACCACUUAGUCGUAGUUACUUGAAACAUUAGAGAAAACAUAACAGUUAUUAGAUGCAGAAAAGGCAAAAUGCUAAAAAUUAGAAUAUACUUUGAAUAAAAGUUUUUAAAUUUUAUAAUUACUAGAUAAUAGAAUAUAUAAUGAAAAAUGUAAAGAGUUGAAUAAAAAUAUUGAAAAGAUGUUAUCUGGAGUUCACUAAGUCAUUAAUGAAAAAUAAAAAUAUUAUAGAGAUUCUUAAAAAUUAAAAAAGAUUUGUGAUGAAAAAAAUUAAAAAAUUUAAGUAUAAAUUUUUAUUAAUUAUGUUUAGAAAUUAGAAGAGGAAGUUAAUAGACUUAGUGUAGAAAAUUUAAAAUUAUUCGUUAAAUAUGAUUAACUAAAAGAAUUGCAAAAAUAAGACAAGAGUUAACAUCUAGAUACUUCAGAAGUGAAUUCUUCAUUUCGAUAAAAUAAAAAAAUUCUUAAAUGUUUGAAAGGUGGUACUAAAAAUCCAAAUACCGAAUAAGUUAUAGGUAAGGAAAACAUUUCUGAUGAAGAAUAAUGAUAU